UCAGGCAGCGACACAUGCUGGAGUGGCAAGCCAGACAGCAGCACGGAUACAGACCUACACCACCGACAACAGGGGCAAAGACAACCAGACUGGAGCCCAAUUCCGUAGCCCCUCCUUCUCUCACACCACCGCCAGCGCACCCGCAUCUGGGAAACGAAUAGGCCCUCCGCAGCAGGGCGGGCGAGGGGACACAAUACAAGGAGAGACCGCCCUACACACACCACACGGGAACCGCCAAGUAGUCAGAGCAAUGCACGCAGACACUGAUUUGUCACGUACCGACAGAGUGAGGUGUCGAGGUGAUGAGCUCAUGCGUGAGCUUGUGAUGACGUUGUACACGCCAAGCGCGUUGACUGACCCCCACACUUGCCGGGCACUCAAAAAGAGGAGAGUCGAUCCCACUGUUGGCUGCGGCCGGCAGCUGGAAGAGGUUUCGUCGUUGGCUCGUGAAACAGCCGCGAGUCGACGAGUGCACACAGAAAGAGAAAGAGUCGAUCCAUCCGCUCGUGGCGACCAAGAGGUGAAGGCGGCUUCGGCGGCAGCCUGCCUUGGACGUGAGGCCACACGAGUCGAUCCGGCUGAGGAGUGCCAGCCGAUGGAGCGCGAUGAUGAGGUUGCCGCGCAUGGUCGGGCCGCAGGCAAUGCGGAAGCCCCAACCAAGGGAGAGGAAGAACGGCAGGAGGGGACGCCUUCCUGUGGCGAGGUUCUUCAGGCAACGAGACCUAACACACAGACAGACGGCACAGACACGGACGGAAGGGGUCAGAAUAAGUAUGGUGCUUUUGGAUGGCGUGGUGACACACCAGUGGCUCAUGCACUUGUGCAUCAUAUUGAUGACGACUCGAAUGGGAGGCUGCAU